AUGGAGAUUAUGAGCCAGCGAAAGCCGCCGCAAGUCGGUCGCACCAAAACAGGGGACCUCCGCCUCUCGACCCUUCAGACAGCUUUGCGCUGGGGCGAUAACGUGACCAAUGAGGCUCUGCCGAGGUGCGUUUAUUGCUGGUUGAAAACUUUUCCCAAUUGCCCGCGAUGGACUCUGAAACACGAGUUCCAUAAGCAAUUUUUGAACGGCCCGAGGGGCCAGAAGGACUGA